AUGUCCACCCCGUCCACAGCGACUGCAACGCAUCCUUCUCAUCAUCAGGCUUACGGAUACCCUCACCACCCCUCGUACCAACCGAAUUCUUCCUACCCGACUUCGACCACUGCCGCAGGAACUCGUCUUGCGAAUCCCUACGCCAUUUCCGUCCCCUCUCCGACAACGACCACCCUUCCCUACACCCAACCCCCGAGAAUUCCUCCCGCGACAACAACCCCGUCGGCUAUGACGCAACAGAGUGGCUCCAGCGCGGCUCCCUCCCUGGGGGGCCGCAAGAAGAAACCGGACUGGACUGAGUUCUACAAGAAUGGCCUUCCCAAGGAAGUCAUUGUGAUCGAUGACAGUCCCGGACCAGAGGAAUCUAAUGGAGCCCCGGCUCCUCCUGCACAUGCUUCUGCCAUACCACCUUCUUCGGCUCCUCAGCCCGCUGGGAAGAGGCGACGCACGGGAAUCGAAACCGCCUAUGACCUGGGCCAUUAUGAUCGCCCGUCCUUCUCAAUAAACCCUCAACAUUACGGCGAGGAAUCAUCGGCCACGUCACUGUCCACCGACCGAACCGCAUCUUUGCACACAACAGCUCCGACAUCGCUUGGCUCCCAGGGCAGUUCGGGGGCCAGCAAUGGUGUAUACUACGAGGAUACCACCGUCGGUCAAAAACGAAAGCGCACCACUCGGAAAUCCACGCGUGACGAGCAGAAACGGCGAGAGUUGGAGACCACAGGGGAUGCUUUUCUGAGCUAUAUUCCGCCUCCCCAGCCGCCCAUCAAGGCAAAGGAUGUCCACGUGCCUGUCAUUCGCGAUUACACAAGCUCUCAAAACAAGAAGUUUGACGACGAUGAUGGCCAUUAUAUUGUCACACCCGAUACGCCACUGACCGAUCGAUACUCUGUGAUCAAACUUCUAGGCCAAGGCACAUUCGGCAAAGUAGUCGAAGCCUAUGAUAAACAGCGCAAGGCUCGCUGUGCAGUCAAGAUCAUCCGCUCAAUUCAAAAGUACCGUGAUGCAUCUCGGAUUGAACUGCGCGUCUUGUCAACUCUAGCUUCAAACGACAAAAGCAAUCGCAACAAAUGCAUUCACCUUCGGGACUGCUUUGACUUCCGAAAUCAUAUUUGCAUUGUCACUGAUCUACUAGGACAAAGUGUCUUUGAUUUCCUCAAGGGAAAUGGGUUUGUGCCAUUCCCGAGCAGUCAAAUCCAGCAGUUUGCUCGCCAGCUGUUCACAAGUGUCGCCUUCCUUCACGACCUGAAUCUCAUACACACCGACCUCAAGCCCGAAAACAUCCUCCUCGUCAGCAACGCAUACCAAACCUUCACUUAUAACCGCACCAUCCCAUCCUCGUCACAUGCCACAGCUCGCAACGCGCGGCAGCGCCGUGUCCUACUUGAUGGAGAAAUUCGACUCAUCGACUUCGGGUCAGCGACCUUCGAUGACGAAUACCACUCCUCUGUCGUCUCCACGCGCCACUACCGGGCCCCUGAAAUCAUACUGAACUUGGGCUGGAGCUUCCCAUGCGACAUAUGGAGUAUUGGGUGUAUCCUGGUGGAAUUCUUCACCGGAGAUGCCCUUUUCCAGACGCAUGAUAAUCUUGAACACUUGGCGAUGAUGGAGUCCGUCAUCGGUACUCGAAUCGACACUGCUUUGGUGAAGAAGGUCAUGUCAGGUGGCCGAGGUGGUAGUAGCAAUUCUGCUUCAAAAUAUUUCAAUCGAAGCAAGCUCGACUACCCUAACAAUGAGACCACCCGUGCCUCGCGGAAGUAUGUGCGCGCGAUGAAGUCUUUAACAGAGUUCAUUCCAACCAACACUCCAUUCAACCGUUCUUUCCUGGAUCUACUGCAACAAAUCUUUGUCUACGACCCUAAGAGUCGGAUCACCGCUAAGGAGGCAUUGAAGCAUCCUUGGUUCAAGGAGACACUUGUUGAUGAUGGCACGGAAGCUUACCGUAUCGGUCAGGGCUUGCAUCGCCAAGGACGCACAUAG